AUGUGCGUCGAAUACAGCAAAGUCUGCGAUGGAAUUCGUGACUGCAUUUUCGGCGACGAUGAGAUGGAAUGCUCAUGCUCCUCAGAUGCUGACUGUCCCGAAGAAGCAGUCUGCGUGGCCUCGAAAGGAAAAAGCGGAGCUUGUCAGCGCAAGUGCCGCAACGGCUUCAGGGAUUAUCUAGGCCGAUGCGUUGAUCUGGAUGAAUGCUCAUCUGGAAAUCACACUUGCAUGCAAGAAGAACGAUGCAUAAACACUAUCGGGAGCUAUCGGUGUGACUGUCCGCAUGGAUUCCACAGAAACAGCUCCGGAAGCUGUGAUGAUAUCGACGAAUGUACAGGACCCGAUGCCAAAUGCAUAAGUUCCCUCUGUGUGAACACGCCCGGAAGCUUCCGCUGUCCCUGUCCGGAGCAUUCCGAGCCAUCGCGAAACUUCGACCCGAAACUCGGUAUCAUUCUCGGAUGCUCGGAGAAGAAUUAUUGUCGCGACGUUAGUUGUCCGGAGCAUCGGAGGUGCAAAGUCGACCUGGAACUGCCGGAAAAGUAUCAAUGUGUUUGUGCCCCGGGCUACCGUGAAGCGAACGACACGUGCUUGGACAUUGAUGAAUGCCAACGAGCGGAUAAUGUCUGCGAGAGGGUUGCCCGAACAUCGGAAAAUCGUCUCAGGUGUCAAAAUCUGGAUGGCUCUCACGCAUGCCGUUGUCCUGUCAGCACGAAGGCCAUCGUUGUCGAUUACAACAUACUGAUCGACAAGUGUGACAUCACUGAAAUGAGAUGCGGGGUGAGGAAGUGUCCCCCGCGGAGUUCGUGUCAACACGGUGUGUGCGUCUGCCGGUCCGGUUAUCGAUGGGAGAAUCAUAGAUGUGUGGAUCUCGAUGAAUGUGCCUCCGUCACCCAUGAUUGCCCGGACGGUACGGUCUGCGUCAAUGAAUCGCCCGGUUUCAGUUGUGCCUGUCGUCCUGGCUUCCGUUUGAAUUUUACCGAACGAACUGUGCUGGUCAACCAGUCUCGAGAGACGAACGAGAGUCUCAGUUUACACGAAGCGAAGUGUGUCGACAUCGACGAAUGCGCCGAGAAUAUCGCCGUCUGCGAACAUACGUGCGAAAACGUCAUCGGCUCGUACUAUUGCCGAUGUCCAUCCGGGAAGCUCAGCAUAGACCGCUACUGCUAUCCCUUCCAAAUGCCGAGAGAAAUCAUCCAACUAGACAAGAACGUUAUCCACUUCGGAACCUUGCUCUUCAACAACGCUUCGAUCAAGUUCGCCAAUUACAGUCAUAAUUGUGAAACCGAUCAGCCGGCGGCAUUCGUUUACGACCAAAGUCAUCGCAAGAUAUUCUACCUGUCGUCUGAUCGUUCAAAAAUUUUCCACGAUCUCCAUCUGAAACCCUGCCAGGCCCUGGUCACGGGAAGGAAGAACAUAUCGCACAUGGUCAUCGACUACAAUUUCGAGAACAUUUAUUGGUUGGAGGGCUCGGAUCUCCACGUCAAAAGCGUUCUGAAAGGUCACGAGAGACUUUUGCGAAGCUUCAACGAGACUUUCCGAUCGAUGAUGGUGGAUUCCGCACAGAGCUACAUGGCUCUGGUGGGAGAGAAACGAAUUUUCAAAGUAGACUUGGACGGGACCCGAGAAGAAUCGCUCUAUGAGAAUUCGAACGUGAGCCGCGUUUUCCUCGACGCAGAAGGGAGUCCGCUUUUUUUGGCCAACGACACGCUCAUUUCGUGUCCUAAGAUGGGAUCUCCGCUGGACAGCUGUUCGAUAUUGAACAUAAGUGCGGCGAACAAGAUGGUGCUCGGCGUUCACAUGAACUUCGUACUGCUAAUCAACGAGGAGAAGCUCCUCGAGGUCGUCUCUGAAAACUCUCGACAGGUUUUCCAGAUACACACUGAAUAUGGUAACGAUACAUUGUUUGAAGUCAUCCAAGCUGCGACGAGCAUAAACUCGACACUCAUGUGUGAUUUUUGCGACGAUAUCUGCUUGAACUCGGGUACGACGCAGGAACGCUGUAGAUGCGGCGACCAGCCCUGUGGCCUGGGUCCUGGUCUUGCUGUAGGGACUUUCAUUCCGGUAAAUCGCUGGAAUUUGCUAAUCGCCGUAUUAGCGGGGGCUUUGCUCGUGAGUGCCGUUCUCAACUUGAAGAGAUUCAGAGAACCCAAACGUGCUCCCAGCGCCGUCGGUUUUGACUCGACCACCGAUCACGUGAUUGUUGAGUCACCACAGACCUUAACGCCUUGUAUCGAUGUUCCCAUGGAAUCGCGAUUGAUUGUGGACGACUGA